AUGGCCUGCAUGUGGGAGCGCUUGGACGUCCCCCCGUGCCCAUCUUCUCACCCAAUGGUGAGAAGGCAGAAGCUCGCUGAGACGGUACUGUCGACAUUCAUGGAGCGGGUCCAGCUCGCGCAUCGCCGUGGCGGGCAGCACCGAGUCGGCGGCCUCUGGCCGAUGAGGGAGGACUGGUCGACCCUGGAAGGCGUGGAAUGCGAUCAUGAAGAGGUUGUCCAAAUCAUCCGCUGCGCCGUCCGGGAACAUUACAUUGUGGUCCGAAUCCGCAAAGAUGAUGACGUGUGCAAGGUGCGCAUCUACGAUCCACUUGUCACGAGCGUCGAGGAUUGCUCUGGCUCCCAGGUCACUUCCUCGGUGAUGGAACAAGUGAUGGCCUUGUGCUCGCACAUCUCCAACGGCCCAACAACACCCACUCUCGACGCUCACUAUGUUCUGAACAUCGAACGGCAAGAGGACGAUUGGAGCUGUGGUCACCGGGCAAUUUCCUAUGUGAUGGACCUGUUGAACGAGUUCGACCCAAUUAAUCGGUCACCAGACCUUUUCGCCUGCGAACAAUUAUAUGACAUGGCGCAAGAUCGUCGGCAGUCCGUGGAUUGGGACGGCAAACUCUGGGCAAAAGAUCGGAACCUGGGCCAGCCGGAAACUUGCCAAAUGGUGACAUUUAACCAGAAGGAAAUUGCGAAGAAGAAGUCGGGACCCCGUGGAGAACGAUGGGGCGGCGGCGGGCGCGGCGGGUGCUGGUCGUCUGGUCGCGUGGAAGACGUCAGCAACAACGACAAUGCGGCGCAGCGCAAUGACAGCGGCGCCACCGGCAGCGCCAAUACUACGCCCAGUGCUAGUGUUAGCAACGCUGCUGCUGCACCAGCGCCACAAGAACCGGAAACGAGCUGUUUGGCGGCCUGCUACAGCCGUGUCGCACCUGCCCCCAGGAUUCCUCCUCCACCACCGCAAACUCCCAUCCAACAGCAACCGGUUGGGUACAACGUUAACGAUGAAAGUGUGGCUCUUGGUGGGCGUGUGUCGCCGCAGCCCGGGCCUGAGAUGCCGCAAGCUGGGCCUUCGAGCAGUCAAGCGCAGCAGCCCGGUCCUUCGAGGAGUCACGCGUCGCCGCCCCGUCCUUCCGAAAGCGAGCUGCCAAGUGUUGUAUCGGAAGGCGACUCUUCGACCCCUUCUGUCCUUGAUUUUCCUCCGAGAUUGGGCAACAACCCGUCAACCGAUGGCUUUCCACCGACUCCACAGAUCGACCGUCGGCCUUCCACACAUUUGCCUCCGCUCACGCGCGAUUCCGAACCCUCGGCCGGGCCCUCGUCUAGCGGUAUCCAGCGCUCGCCAAUGCCUCAACCGGCGCUCCACGAUGUUCUUCCGCCAAUCCCAACUGUGGAAGACGAGGACUCGAGCGGG